GCAGACGUUGUUCAACUCUAGCCAGCAGUUGUAGUUCGUGUCGGGAUUGUUUUUUAGAUUAAUAUUUCUCAACUUUUAGACCAUUGAUUGCCGAAUUGGUCAACUCUUCCAAAUUCCAACAAAUUCAGUAGAUCCACAUUUCACGGCUUUCACCGCCGUCGCGUUUCCUUGCGCCCUCAAAAACAAGCUAAUUGAAUUACCCACGCACACAGUCGCAGCCCAGCAAUCCAUCGCCUGCGUCAUAAGCUAUUUUCGUCGAUAAUAGAUCCAAGAUUCCGAUCCAGAACAUGGACCCCAGUCAACAGACGCCCCAGGAGACGGUGGUGGCCCCCGUGGCCCCGCUGCUGGAGGAUCAGCUGGAAUUGGACAUGAAGCACUGCUUUGAGAACCUGAUCGUCAUCGACGUGGGUGCGAAUCUGACCAACAAGAAGUAUAGCCGUGAUCUGGAUUCCGUGGUGCAGAGAGCCAGAGACGCAGGUGUCCAGAAACUAAUGGUUCACGGCACUUCGGUCAAAUCGAGCAAGGAAGCGCUGCGCCUUUCGCGCAUCUAUCCCGACAUAAUCUACUCAACUGCUGGCAUUCACCCGCACGACUCCAAGUCCAUCGUGGAAGAGCCGGCCACGUGGUUCGAUCUGGAGCACAUCGCCCAGGCGCAGGAGUGUGUGGCGAUUGGCCCCUGCGGCUUGGACUACCAGCGGGACUUCUCCGAACCGGACGCCCAGAAGCAGAUCUUCGCCAAGCAGCUGCAUCUGGCCAUCCGGCUAAAUAAACCUCUGCUGAUCCACGAGCGGUCGGCUCAGCUCGAUUUACUCGAAAUACUAGACAAAUUCGAGAAUCUUCCGCCUGUGAUCAUCAGAGGUUUUAUGGGCACCGCCGAGGAGGCGCUUAAGUACCUAGACCGGAGGUUCUACAUCAGCCUGACGGGCUACCUGUGCAAGGACAAAUCGGAUACUGGCGUUCGCCGCCUGCUGGAGGACGGCACAUUGCCGCUAGACAGACUACUGGUGGAGACGGAUGCUCCUUUCAUGUACCCAAACACAAGGGCUUCCAAGCUACCGCAACACGUGAAGACUGGUAUCACCGAACGCUCAUUGUUGUACUUACACAGAUAUUGUACCUUCCAACGCAACGAGCCGUGCAGUUUGCCCGCCAUUGUAGAGAUGAUAGCCGCCUUCAUGAAGAAAAGCCCGGACGAGGUGGCUUUGGCCACUGCCUUUAAUGCCCUGAAACUGUUUGGCUUGUCCUAGAAAAUGGUAAAGGAGCCACAUGGAACUGAACGACAAAGUGUGCCACCCAGCAGCUUUAAACCCGUAACUCUAUAGAUUCAACGAGCCUGAGAUUCACGAUAGACUCAUACCUAUGUGCCUUAACCACUAAUCGAAUUCAGGAUGAAGCGCUUAUCCUGAUCCCCACACAUACACACAUCCACAAAUACGACCCCCAUUGCAUGCGAAAAGUACGUAUACGUAUAUAACUAUAUAUUCACCCCCUGCCGUAAAGGUGCAAACCAUCGAUCGAAGUUUGCAGGGUCUAGCUUUAAGUUGUUGGAAUUUCCGAGCAAUUGCUUUAUUUACUCGAGUACCCAGAGAAACGGUGCCAAGGUGGUGCCUCGUGAACGUCGACUCCGGAUUCGCCCGGGGUCUGCACUUCACGCCUCGAAGCGCGCGCUUCGAACUCGCUCCCGAAGCGAUAUAUGUUAAUGUUAAGUGCUGCAGCUUGUCUUUUGUUUGUUUCUUCUGUAUUUAGGCUAGAAUCAAUACUUUUAGUUUGUGUCUCUGUUAGCCUGUAGUCGUACUUUUGUACAUAUUUAUUCUUGUUGCGACGAUGACGAUGAUGAUGAUGAUUAUGGGAAACGUAAUGUGAUCAUUUUAAAAGCUAAUUAGUUAUUUGAUAUUCAACAUACAAACACAUUAGUUAGGCUAUGAAACAUAUUGAAUAUCGUGCGCCUAUACAAACUAUAUAUGUAUUGUUAUAUUUACAUAUACAAAAGCGUUGUACUGAACUGAUCGACCCGCGGAGGUUGCAUAAAAUCCGCUUUGUGCCCAUUGUCCGCACACAGACACACACUAUUUUCCAUUUGAAUAAAGCGAAUUUGAAACCCAAACGAACAAAAGCCCCUUUUAG